AUUCAUCAGGAACCUUACCUCCCUCUGCCAACUUUCCAGUUCUUGGUAACUUGGGGAGUGGUGCCAUGGUCGGCAUCCUUUGUCAGGGUCCUUCUGUGUGCUUGGAUUUUUAGAAUCACCAUUUCACUGUUGAGCAUUUAUGGAAACAAUGAAGAUAAAUCUAACCCUUUAGCACCAGGGGUCUCUGGGGAGUAGGUUCAGGUGGUCUGUGGAAAAUCUUUGCUGCACUCAAUUUAAUAUAUUCCAGGUCUUGGUGAACCAGACGAAGGUCUUGAAAAUAACUAUCCAGAAUACUUGGAGAUGAAAAUAACUUUUACUGGCACCAAAUGAAAAAGUAUUAUAUGAAUAAGGUCCAUAUAAUACCCAUGAGACCAUCAUGGGUAAUAUUUGAGGAUCUGGUGGGGUCUGUAGCAGCAAAAGGUUAACAACUCUGCUUUAGAUUCUGAAUUAGUAGUAUAUUUGGUCAGCUGCUCACCACUCAUCUCUAUUACUUCACAUGCUCCAACCUGAAAUGAAGAAUAUGUUUCCUUCAUGUGUUUUUGUGUUACUAUAUAGAUGCAGAAUUGGGAUGCUGGUGUAGGAUUUGGCAUUCUGAGAAUCUCUUUAUUUGAAAAGAAGCAUUUAUAGUGCUCAUGUUAUCAUGAAAAUAUUGAAAAUGAAGAGGUGGUCUACUGAAGUGUCUGGACUGCUUCUGAUGUUCUUUGCUCACAUAUAGUAUGUUUAAAUAAUGUGGAAACCUUGUGUGCUGACUGCAAGAUAUAUAAUUUUUACUGAUCCUCACCAUGAUGUGAGACAUUUGUGCCCCUUGGUAGAUAGGGCAAUUGGUGCACGGGUUUGGCAAUUUCCUCAACCCAGAGCAAAAUGUCUUAAAAUUUUGUUGUUAGCAUAAUGAAAAUUGCAUGAUCUGUGUGAUAAACCACUGCAGGCUCGGACGGGCCCACAGGGCAACAGGGCCUAUUCCUGGUGCGCCCCCACCUGCAGAGCCCCCCUGUGCCCCGCUGCAGUUGGCAGCAGUGAAUACUUGCCCUUAAGCACCCAUUCUGCUCAAAACCCGAUGCCCUCCCCACAUACAUUCCACCGCCCUCUCAGUGCCCCCAAUCCGGCCCUGAACCACUGUACUGUUUCCACAUGGUAGCAGGUGCAAUGGAGUGAUUUAAAUUGGCUGUAAUGUGAUGACUGUAUUUUUCACUGGCUCUCAGACUUUGAGCAGUUCUUCUUGCUGCAUCUCUGUUAGUGCUACAAUAUGAUUUCUGCUGUAGCAGUGCAGAUGACAAACAGGCUCUCGCUCUUGCACACACACCCACACACACACCCUUUAUGAAAGCAGGUUAAAUACAAGUCUCAUUCACCUAGGUAUGCCUUAAGUAAAUCAAACCCUUCCCUCUAAUCUAGAUGAAGCCUGAAAUAAUACAUUAUGUAUGGUCUCCAAUUUGUUGUGGUCAGUACUUGUGAUUUAUUUAUUUGUUUUUUCAUGUGUACCCAUACUUGACAACUGCACAAGACUCUCAUCAGUUCUGAAGCAUGCAACCAUGAACAUCGAACAUGAAAUCAGCCUUUUAGUUGAAGAGAUUCAACGACUGGGAACCAAAAAUGCUGAUGGGACACUAAGUGUGAAGUUUGGAGUGCUCUUUGCUGAUGAAAAAUGUGCCAAUCUUUUUGAAGCCUUGGUGGGAACUCUUAAAGCUGCAAAAAGAAGGAAGAUUGUUAAUUAUCCUGGCGAGUUACUUCUGCAAGGAGUUCAUGACAAUGUUGAUAUUUUGUUACUGCAGGGUUAGCUCAGCUUUCUUACCUACAUUAUUGCAUUGAUGAUGUUUUCAGAAGAUUUAAGAUACAGAAUUAUCAGACCAAACCAAAUUUACAUGAAGGUGUAUUUUCUUAUAUACCUUUGUGGCCAAAAUGUGAUUUUCCUCUUAACCUUUUUUUAAAAUGUCAUUGUGAAUAGUUGGAAAAUUAUUGUUGGGGGGAAAAUAUAAAAUAUAUAUUACACUUUUUUUGUCUUGUGUAAUGCACUUUAAAUUAUCCAAAUGGCUGUAAAUGUUUGAAAAUGAGAUUUUACUGACAAUUUUUCAGUGACUGCAAGCUAAGAUCAAAGGUAUAACUAAUACAAAGGUAUAACAAUUAGAUGACUAUGUUUAUUGCUAUUUUUAUUUUUCUUCUGACAACAGAGUUGCUCUAGGCAAAAUGAAGGUAGUAAAAGAUAACUAGAUAGAGAAAGAUCUGAUACAGGUAAUGGCAGAGCUGGAAGGGACCUUGGAGGUUUUGUAGUCCAACCCACUGUUCAGUGCAGGAAUCUGUUACAGCAUCCCUGAAAGAUGACCAAUGAGCUUCUGUUUGAAAACAUCUAGUGAAGGAGAGCCCACCACUGCCCAAGGCAAACUGCUCCAAUGUUGAGCAGUUCUUACAGUUAGAAAAUUCAUCCUAACAUCUAGCUUGAAUUUGCUUCCUUGUAAUUUCUACACAUUGGUUCUAGUCCUGCCCUUAGAGAAGAAGCAACAGAUAACAAGUCUGUUUCUUCUGUGUGACCACUCUUCAGAUAUUUUAAGAUGGCUAUCAUAUCUCCCCUUCUCUUCUCCAGGUUAAACACAUCCAGCCUCUAUAUAACUGUUUCUCAUAGGACUUGGUUUCCAGGCCAUCUUUGUUGCCUUCUUCUGAACCCGUUCCACUUUAUAAUUGUUGUUGUUAAAAAGUGGUAUCCAGAACUGAACAUCGUAUUCCAAAUGAUGCCUGAUCAGUACAGAAUAGAUGGAACUAUAACUCCAUCUUGACAUUCUGUUAAUGCAGUCCAAAGCUGCAUUCAUCUUUUUAGCUGCUUCAUCACACUUGCUGACACAUGUUCAGCCUGUGACCCACCAAGAUCUUUUUCACAUGGACUGCUGACUAGACAGGUCUCUCAUUCUAUGUUUGUGCAUUUUAUUUUUCUUACCCAAAUACAGGAUUUUACAUUUGUCUCUGAGCUUCAUUUUUGUGGGUUUGGCCCAUUAUCACAUCCAAGAUCUGUAAAAAUCAUUUUGAAUCUCGAUUCUACCUUAUAAGGGGUUAGCCACCUCCCCUGUCACCUUGUGUCACCUGCAAGCUUGAUAAACAUUUCCUCUACACCCUCAUUCAAGUCAUUUAUAUAAAUAUUGAACAAUACAGGGCCCAGCACAGAGCCUUCUGGCACUCCACUUGAUUUCUGAGCAAUCUCAUUGAAUCACUUUAGUGGAGUUGUGAAGGGGUAUACAGUCUUCCAGUUUCUCAGACUCGGGAUGAAGCCAAAUAUAUAGUAGCACCUUCAUCAUGAAUUUGCAAUGAUUGCCCUCACUACUUUUGACUGGAGAUUUCUAUAGUUCUUUACUUAAAACUCAGAAUCUGACACCAUUGACUCUCCAUUGGGAAAGUGGGUAACCCUCAUUUAUUCUCCCUCAGGUGAAUUGAGUGGACUAGCUCAAGUUGCAGCAAGGGGCUGGGGAGCUCAGGGGCCACACGGCCACCGGAAGCCCUAGUAUGCCCUGCGCGAGUGCGCAGGGCAUACUGGGGAGACCCCCGAGCCGGGAGGCUGCUUUUAAGCCUCCCGGCCGGGGGUCUACUCAUGAGUAGCCACGGUGCGGAGCUGAGCCGUGGCUACUCACGAGCAGAUUGCCCGGGUUUGCGGAGCACUCGCUCCACAAACCUGGGCUAAGGGGUGGGCUACAGGAGUGGGUUAGCCACUCCAGAGCCACUGGGCUCGGCUGUGAGCCUGGUGGUUCUUACGAUCACAAAAAUUGGGCUAGGAUUUUCCUAGCCCAAUUUUUGUGAUCGUAAGAAUAGCCCCGUUAUCUGGUAACUGAAGUGUUCCUCACAUUAUUGUCAUUUAUUCAGUGAGAUAGCCUCUGUCCCCCCCCAAAUCCAAGAACAAUGAAAUAUGGCUUACUUAAAUGAUAUAUAAUACAUUUCCAUAUUUUGCUACUUAUCCUAAGCCUCUGGUGGACUUAAUUGCAAAGUUCAAACAAGUAAUUGAAAUGCAUUGAACAUUCAAUCUAUUUUGCACCUACCGGUACAUGUUGCCUUUAAUUUAAUCAAUGUGAAACUGGUCUUCUGAGAAAGCUUGAAAAGGAUCCCGGAAGCUUCAACUGUUGCCUUGGUAAAUUAAAUACAAAUCUGAGAGUUAAUUUUAACUGUCCUAUUCUGUGUGGGAAAAUAACUUUGUGAGGCUUUAAUUUGUACAUUCUCACCUGCAGAAUUUGAUCCAAUAACAGCUACAAUCUUUUGUGUGCUGCAAGACAUAGCCUAUAAUAAAGAAUUUGCAAGUC